CUGAAGCGUUUGGUAAUAAGCUGGAUUACAAUUCGGUCACGUUCCACGCACACACACGUUCUGAAGGUCAAAACGGUCGUUAUGAACUGAACUGUUGUUGCACUAACAUUGAGUGGUAACAGCGCCACAACAGUUCAUUUUUGGCGAAGGUCGUCGUCUGAUCAAAAUGGCUACUGCGACGUUUCCCAGGCUGCUGCCCAAACUGAUUGUCUUUGAUUUAGAUGAAACUCUGUGGCCUUUUUGGGUGGAUACACAUUUUGAUCCUCCCUUCCAGAAGACCAGUGAUGGUAAAGUUGUGGAUAGUAAUAAUGAUGUUAUGAGGAUACACAAAGAUGUUCCUGCUAUACUAAAACAGAUUCAAGAUCGAGAAAUUCAGAUAGCUGCUGCUUCAAGGACAGACUAUCCAACCGGUGCAAAGACUUUACUAAAACUUUAUGAUAUUGACCAAUAUUUUAAUUACAAGGAAAUUUAUCCUGGCUGCAAAAGAAAACAUUUUGAGAAGUUUCAUAAAGCAAGUGGUGUAGCGUAUGAAGAUAUGCUAUUUUUUGAUGAUGAAGCAAGAAAUAUCAGAGAUAUCUCCAAGAUUGGUGUUACCAGUAUAUAUGUGGAUUAUACAGUUGGUCUAACUGUGAAAGUGUUGGAAGAAGGCCUCCAAAAACAUUCAGAGAAAAAAUCAAAAAGAUGA